AUGACCGUAGCCGGAGCCAUUCGCCGCCGGCGAGCAUCGCGACCCCAUCUCCCUCUCUUCGUCCUCGUCCUACUUUUCUCUACUCUAACCCCACGUACUUCGGCGCUCCGCGUUCCGCUCCGCCACGCAGCAACCCUCGUCUCCCUCUCCCAUUCGCUCCUCUCCUGCGCCGCCAUCACACGUGUUGCUCGUGGGGACGCCGCGGCGGCCGCACGUGUACGGCGAAUCGCUUCCCUCCUGUCGUCCCGUGGUGCGUGGGGACUCGGCUGGGACUACCUCCGCCACUACGCCUUCUCCUCGGCCAUCGGAUGCGGCCUCUCCUGCGCAGUCGCCGCCUCUCGUCUCAUCGCCGCUGUCGCGCAGGCCUCGCGCUUACGUUCCGCCACUGACGCUGCGCAGUGGAUGCGCCUACACUACGACGACAUCUGCGACGUCGCCACGCAGCUUCUGAACGGGCUUCUACUCGCCUUCUCCGAAGAGGGGCCAUUGAGAGAGGUGUUCAUGGAUAUUAAGUGGGAGGUGGAGGAAGGGGAAUUGCUGAAGGAUUGCCUGGAAGUGGGAGCUAAGGACUUAAAGGGUUUGCUUGUCAUUGCCAAAGAUCUCUUCGCUGGUGUUUCAAGGACUUCUACGCAGCAUAGCGAGCUCUGAGGUUUGGUGA